CUCUGUUCAGGGUGGAGCAGGCAGCCUCCGCCUCCGCCUUGGCGUCAACGUGCUGCGGGAAGUCUCUCGCUCGCUCGGUCGCUUGGAAUGGUGGUCGGCGGGUGAAGCUUCUCUCCGGUCGGGAGAAAUGGAGGACUCGGAGAGCAACGCGGAUGACGGACUGCUGGCCACCUGGCGAUGGAGCCGCAACGCGCGGGAGCAGGUACAGCUGAAGCAGAAGAUCAGAGACCUGCCCGGUUUACUGAAGCACGGAUUGCAUUUGAGAAAGAAGAGCCAGUCACCUGACACUGUCCCCGGACCCAGCGCUGGCAUCCACACCAAGUCCAAGCAGUCAUGCUCUCAGAGUUUUCCGUGUGCAGGCCGUGCACUGAGAAAUGCAUUUCUGUCCCAUGGCCCGUAUCCAGCCAAAGACAAGAUCCACUUGGCACGGAUCAUCAGGAGGAGUUAUGUAGGUGUGGAGCUGGUACAGUGGCUGCUGGAGCAGUGUGUAUUUGUCCAGUGCAGGAUGAUGGCAGCACGGGUUUGGCAAGUGCUGCUGGAGCUCGGCAUCCUUCACUCAGUGGACCAGCGAGUGGUGUUCGAAGACUCCAACACAUACUACCAGUUCUCAUUCGAGGAGUGUGACGCGCAGGGCUGUGAGUUUCGCUCGGAGGAGGAAUGGCAGAACGGAGUCCGACUGCUUACGCAGCUCGUCCCAUACGUCCAAUUUAGGGUGGUUAGCCCUCCCGAAGAGGAUCCCGAAGGAAAGCGGGAUAUCUGUGGAGAAAUUCUGCAGAUGAAAGCUUUGGAAAGGCUUACAUCCACGGUACAAAAUGAACUAGCUGCGGCGCUGGCGAGGAAGGCACGCAAAUCAAUGUCUGAGGAUGACAAUUCAGAGACAGGAGAAAGUUCCCAACAAGAACCACAGAAGCCAGUCGAAGACAAAGUCAAGCAAGGUGGUGUGUGUGCGCUGAGGUCCCCAGAUGAGUUUUCACGCUUGGAGAUGGUGCAGAGGCUGGCCAAGGACGGCUGCCGCUUUCUCCAGAACCAGAACUACAGACUACCUGAACGCCCAGCACAGGCGCAGGGCGAGGGAGCGGUGCGGGUGUGUCUGAAGGAGAGGGGUCAGGAUGUGCUGGUGCUCCAGAAAGUGGUGUCUGAUCGAGCAUCACCUCAAACAGCGGGAGGAGUGAAAGAGGACGACAGCGAUAGGAGGUACGUGGUGGUGUCCGGGACGCCUCAUAAGAUCCUGGAGCACCUGCUAAGUGACCUGAGGCUGGACGAACACCAGGGUGCGACGGAGGGCAAAGAAGCCGAGAUGCUGCUGGAUGACUUUCUGCUCACUUAUCUCGUCUUCAUGUCCACCAACGAUCUCUGCCAGGCGCUGCUCGGACAUUACUGCACUAAGCGCUGCCGUGGCAAGGAAGAAGGAAAGGAGGCCCUCUUCAGGAAGAGGAAAGUCCUGCAUCUGGUCUCCCAGUGGAGCUCUCUGUAUAAAGACUUCCUGAGGGAAGAGGAGCAUGUCAAACUCUUCAUGAAGACACUGUACCGCUACGUGCUCGAAGACGUCUACGAGUUCCCUACACUGGAGAAGGACCUGAAGGAGUUCCAGAAACUUCUGCGCCGCAGACACACUGUGGAUGAUUAUUCACCUCACCAAAAGAACAAAGCCCUUUUCCAGCAGCUGAGUCUGAGAGAGAACGGCGUUCAGCUUCGUGGGGCACACAGUGACCACCGAGAAGUAAUGUGUCAUGUGUACGUGAGCUUAGACUCCUAUUUGAGUGUGAGAGUGAGAACGACAGUAGUGGCUCAGGAGCUCCUGCAUGUUGUGGCCCAGAGGAUGGAGAAACCUGUAGAGGACAUGGUGCUGGUGGCCCAGACCUACAGCGGAGAGAAACGUGUCCUUCAGCCACAUGACUGUAUUUACUCAGAGUCUCUGGCUCUUCCUGGGAGACUGAUGGCCUGCUGGAGAGACCUGAAUGAGAUUCUGCCUCCUCUAACGGACUGCGUGGAAUUGACACAGCGGUCGUCGCGUCUCCUCGGAAUCAACACGUGGGACGUGUCUGUGGCUCUUACCAACCUCGACUGGAGCCUCUUCAACUCUGUACACGAGCAAGAGCUGGUGUACUACACGUUCAGUCGUCAGGCGAGCAGUGGCCACACGGUGGCGCUGGAGCAGCUCCUGCAGCGCUGUAACGAGGUUCAGCAGUGGGUCAUGUCCGAGGUCCUGCUGUGUCCUUCGCUCGGAAAACGAGUCCAGCUGCUCAAGAAGUUCAUCAAAAUCGCUGCGCACUGUAAAGCACAGAGGAAUUUGAAUUCCUCCUUUGCCAUCAUUAUGGGUCUAAACACAGCAGCUGUCAGUCGACUCAAUCAGACAUGGGAGAAAGUUCCUGGAAAAUUUAAGAAGCUUUUCUCUGAGCUUGAGUUAUUAACUGACCCUUCUCUGAACCACAAAGCCUACAGAGACGCCUUCAGGAAGAUGAAGCCGCCUAAAAUCCCCUUCAUGCCUCUGCUGCUUAAAGACAUUACAUUUAUUCACGAGGGAAACAAAACAUUUCAUGAUAAUCUCGUCAACUUCGAGAAGCUGCACAUGAUCGCAGACACCGUCCGUCUCAUACGCCACUGUCAGACUGAACAAACCGGAAGUGACGUCGUCCAGAGCGACAGUGCGGACUUGAGAUCCAGCGUGCACUACCUUCACAUCAUUGACAAUCAGCAGACUCUUUUCGAGCUGUCGCACAGACUGGAGCCCCGAGCGUAACACCGCCACCGGCUCGGUGUUCACCAGAAAUGCAGCAGCGUCUGUCUCACUACUACGUCUUAUUUUUCUUCUUCUUUCCUUGUAAGCAGAUUCUCACCGAGGGAUCCGUGUCCAAAUUCCUCAGCACUGACUAAACAAAAACGUCCUCAUUUUGGUGGCAUGCUCGUUCGACCAUACUCGUUUGACCACUAGAUGUAGAGGUUGAGCCUCUUCGUGAAAUACCAAUAGGAGUGAGAUUAGGAUCCUGUGGUGUUUAGGAUGCUUUUAUUGUCUCUGCUGAGUCAGUAUUCACUAGUCCAUAGUCAAUGUGUGGACGAGCCAAACGACACAACGUCAGACAUAUGAAGUACGACGUAUGUACUGUACGACUACGUUACAGUUGAGAAGUAAUAUCGGGACACGACCCAGACGUUUGAGACGUCACGCGUGUUUUCAGGGACAUGCCUGAGAUCCAGGUCUCGAGACUGGGUGAAAAAGCAGGACAGAAACGAGCACGAGCUACCGUACGUCUGGACCCAGAGACGUCAAACCCACGCUUAAUAAAGACUAAAAGUAAUUCUGAAUAUCGUCAGUCGUCGUGAUAUUUGUUCGAACCUUUCCAGCGGAAGUGGAUUUAUCCCAGCUUCCUUAACACAGUAUUAUUAUUAUUAUUAUCAUCGGAUACAUGGUUCUGUUUCUCCUGUGCAAUGCUUCAGACUCCUGGUGCGGUUGUUAAAAGAGUGCAGUGUUCGUUUCACGCUUCACACGAGCCAUCACGUUUACUUUCACUGAUGCCACAUUGGACCGAAUUGAUUUAAACAGGAGGUUAUUGACAUUUCGCUUGUUUGUUUGUUUUUUUUUUCGUUCGUUUGUUCGUUUUUUUAAGCUGCAUGCGUGCACAUAAUGUAUUGCACUUAUUAUAUCUUUGUUUAUACAGUAAUGUGUAAUAUUGUAUAUUAAGUUAUAUAAAUGUACAAGUUUAUCAUGAGGCAUCUGCAUACAUUUGAUUUCUGUGCCAAAUAUGAUUACGGGAGAGAUUUAAUAUUUAACAUAAAAAAAAUUCCAACCUUAGCCUUAUGUGCAGCUAUUAGAUUUUAUAUAUUAUUCUGGCUUCAUUAGGAGAUUUUUUUUUUCCUAAAAGGAUCGCUACUAAUAUUUUAACUCAACCCUGAGACACAUUUGAAAGGGAAUAUCAUUUAUAAAAGAAUUAAAUCUAAAAAGAACAAAAGCCAUGAAUCUUAUGCAGUAUUUUUGGCUCGAUUAAAGAAACACUGCACGUUUCUUACUGACAUUUUCCUGGCUUUAGAGGACUGAGGCAUUGUUAUUAUAAUUAUUUAUUAUUCUUAUUAGUUUUGUAAUUUAUGUUUUCUGAAGGAUAAUAACAGUGCAGAAUAUCAUUUGUGCACAUCUCCAGUUAUAUAUAUAUCAUCUAUAUAUAACUAUGUGUAAUAUUUUAAGAUGCUAGACUGUAUGUUUUUUGCAGUAACCUGGUCAAAAGAGGCGACUCGACUAAAAAAAAAAAAAAAAAACUCUUUUAGACGCUUCUUGUAUUUUGUUGCUGUGGAAUUUUUUCACACCAUGUCAGCUGGUUUGCAUGUGGUAAACACACACACACACACACACACACCCACACACACACACACAGAUGAAAACCAUGAUCGUACAUAGAAAUAGAUAUGCUCUGUAUUAUUUAUGUAUCACAACGCAAAAUGCAAAGCAAUAUGGUUCCCUUUUGUGUGUUUUCCCUCCGUUGCUAUAGAAACCACAUACAACUUUUCUAUAAUAUGCAUUUUUACAGCAAACCAGUGAAUAAAACAUUUAUGUAAUAUUA